AUGUCACGUAAAUCUCGCCAGGGGUACACCAUUCGUCAUCUUCUACAGUUGCCGAGUACUCGCUCACCGGGGCCUCACCCUCCGCCGCCGGCUAUCAAGAGCGGCUGGCGACGUAUCGGCUGUCACAUUACAGCCCCACUGUUAUUAUCAAAGUUUCUGAAGGGUCUGCACGCUCGCCGCAACGACGCCGAGCGCCGACCGCUGUCGAGAUGA